UCUCCAUCUCUCUCCCUCUCACCACUCCUUCUCCACCUCCGGCCGCCGCCACGGCCAGGCCGGCGUGGUGGGGCGCUUCCGCAGCCCAUCCACCCACCAGCACCAACACCCAGCGCCACCAUCACCUCCUGCCGCCAUUGCCACCAUCUCCACUUCGCCGCCAUACCUCACCAGCACCACGUUUGUGCGCCCGACUAGACAAGGCGUCUGGUGUCCCACGCGAUUCUCCUUGCCUGCUGCUGCUCCUUCCCUUGCCUCGCCGCUUCUCCCACGUCCCUACCGCUACUCAUCUCUCUGCUCCUCCUCCUCUGUUCCCCUAACGCUGUUGCUGCUCUUCUUCUCAACGCCCCCUGCUGCUCCUAAUCUUCUCUUCCAAAACUUGCUUCUUCUCUCUGUACCUCUUCUUGCGCUCAUGCUGCUGCUCCUCUAAACCUCUCUGCUGUGCCCCUUCUCUGAACCUCAAAACUGCUGCUGCACUUCUCUGAAUCCGAAUCCUUGCUGCUUCUCCUUCUCUCUCUCUCUCUCUCUCUCUCUCUCUCUCUCUCUCUCUCUCUCUCUCUCUCUCUCUCUCUCUCUCUCUCUCUCUCUCUCUGAUCUCAAAUUUCUGACAAGUUUAUUGUUCAGUACUUUGUAAUAUUCAGCAUUGAGAUGUUUUAUUAGAUGUAAUAUUCAGAUUUGGUAAAAACUUGCAACCUGACAAUUGUUCAGUUUCGUACUUGUAAAAUAUAGUGCACUUUAUUAUGUGCUCUGACUAGUUAAUGUCCAGUUGUUUGGAUAAUAUUUAGUAUGUGUGAUAUGCUCUGUGAUAUAGUAAUCUUCUAGUAUAUGUCUGUGAUCCCCUUGUGUAUGUUUCUUGACAUCUACUGUAAUCUGUCAUGUACUAGUAACUUUGCUAUAGUCUAAUUGAUGUUCAGUUGUUAGUCUCUGUGCAAGCUAUAUACCAGUGGCAUUUAUGCUUGUGAUUUUCCAGUGAGCUUGUUUAAUUUCAGUUCAUAUGUUAGCACAAGUACCUUUGCUAUAUAAAUAUAUAUGUGUGUGCUCGUGAUUUAAACAAUCUGUUUUCUGUCCAGUAAUUUUGUUUCUUCCCUUCUUCCCUUUUUUAUACGCUUGCUAGAUAUAUUUAUAUGUCCAUGUCUUUUGACUUCCCUUGUCACUGAUGUCAGUAUUUCAAUUCCUCAAGCAUUACGAAAAUACCAAAAAGGAAGCAAGUAAAAUCUGAUCUAGCUUUAGACUUGCAUCGUCGCCGUCGCCUAGUCCCUGUGGAGAACACGACACUCGCAGUUUGGGCGUAAAAUCCCACUGUACUUACACCUGAUUAUUUUGGCGCCGUUGCCGGGGACUAGCAUCGAGCGAUUGUGCUAGGCUAUAGACUAGGUUUGUCUUGUUUUCAUCUUGUGCCAUAUAUUUGUGAUAUAUCUCUAGCCACUAACCCAUGUUCUAGUUAGUAUCUUUUUGUCUUCUUUUCCUUUUUGCAGGUUGGAUUAUCCUCUCGGAAAUGGCUUACUAUUCAGAUCAUCAUGCUUAUGCGAGCAACACUACAAACAGCACGGAAAGUAUUCAAGACCUGAUAAGUAAUAUUUCCCAUCGAUUAGAUGAUUUAGCUCGGCAGCGAGAAGUAGUUUUUUAUGAUAGGCCUAGCUCUUAUGAUCCUUUUUCUAGAGGCCAUCCUUAUGUUGCUCCUACCUGCCAUAUUUGUGGAUUUCAGGGCCAUACGCCCGCUGAAUGUCAGCGUGGUUACUCUUACCCUCCAGAUUGUUUUGGCAUGAGCUUCGCUCAAGAGCAUAGCUCAUACCAAAACAAUUACUCACAUGGGUGGCCUGAAAACCCGAAUAUGUCAUAUAGGAGCAACAACCUUCAGAUCUCACCAUUUGUUUCUAGUAAUCAUAUGCAGGGAUUUAGGUACAAUGAGGAGAGCCACAGCUAUGCACCACAACAAUGCUAUUCACCUCCUACUCAUAUACCUCAACACCAGGAGACAUGUCCAAUGGAGUUAAAUGGUCCUCCAUUUGGUCAACCAUCACCUUCAACACAAGUGCCUACUCAAGAUGAGUUCGAUGACAUAGACAAGCUCACACUUUUGAGUCUCGAGUUCACUUGGAGUGCCGAGGAUGACCCUAUUAGGAAGGUUAUACUAGAGGAAAUGAAGAAGAUCAAGAGUGGGAAUGAGCUAGUGGAAGAAGUAAAGAAGAUUGAGAAGAACAUCAACGCUGGCAGUACUAUUUCUUCACAGCUUGAGCUGAGUAAUUCUGGGAUUCCCCUUGAUACAUGUGAGGUUCCAAUACCGUCACAUCCAGCUGAGCAAGAUAGCAAGUGCCUUGAGCAUGAGAUACCUCAGAUUGAAGAUGAACUAGAAGACAAGGAACAAGAUGGUCAAGAGCUGCAAUUCCCAAGUGAUCAAGUUGAAGACUCAUCAUCUACUACUCCUGAAGAAGUACAAGAAGUUGUUGUAGAUGAAGAUGAAGAACCUGAGAUUCAUUGUCCUAUUAUCAUACAUGAGUAUGAUGUGUCAGGUUUACCCAAUCCUUUUGAUGACAUGAGUCCUUAUGAUUUAUUUGCUUCUACCUUGCAUUACAUGAUGCCAUCACUUAAGAUUGAUUUGAAAAAUCAUUUACUUGGGUAUGAUGAUACAUAUACUGUUGGUGGCAUUGCUCUCAUUUGUGAUGAUCACAAUUACUUUCCUCAUGCUAGUCUUGAGCUUAAUGAUAAAUGUCAUCCUCGUGUGAGUAUUAACCAUGCUGAUUUCUGCCAUCCUAAACAUGUGCUUUAUAGUUAUGCUUAUAUAAUUGGAUAUUCCAUUGAUGACUUGGAGGGCAUCGACCGUAUCACUUGUAGUUGUUUGUGUGAGUCUUAUUUAAGGCUUUUGCUACUGCACUGUUUACUACAUGCUGACCAGGUUCGUGGUGACAUUCCUUGGGAUCCUGGUGGAGUCAGAGCAUGGCGAUGAGGAGAAGCAAUGGGGUACACAUAUGGAAGAGUGAAGCUGGAGCAUCCAUGAGGAAGCAAGGGAGAAGAGCUGCAGCUGGUGAGGUGAUCGAGCGAGUGCUACAUGAUCAAAGCCCGAAAAGUGCGCAAAGGCACUCAAGAUUCUGACUAAGAGGCCGAAGAAUACAAGACAAGGACGGGAAAGAAAGAAGGGGGACCUGAGCAUGAAGGAAAGAAGAAACCGAGGGCCAAACUAGAGAAGGGAAGGGAUGUGCUUGCGAAGAAAGAAGGGAGCAGGACGGCCAAAUCAAAAAGUGGCAAAUCUGAUCGUGAGAUCAAAUCCCUAGCGCUAGCCACCGAUCCCCGGGGGGGCUGGCCACAUCUCCAUCUCUCUCCCUCUCACCACUCCUUCUCCACCUCCGGCCGCCGCCACGGCCAGGCCGGCGUGGUGGGGCGCCUCCGCAGCCCAUCCACCCACCAGCACCAACACCCAGCGCCAACAUCACCUCCUGCCGCCAGCGCCACCAGCUCCACUUCACCGCCGUACCUCACCAGCACCACGUUCGUGCGCCCGACCAGACGAGGCGUCUGGUGUCCCACGCGAUUCUCCUUGCCUCCUGCUGCUCCUUCCCUUGCCUCGCUGCUUCUCCCACGCCCCUACCGCUGCUCAUCUCUCUGCUCCUCCUCCUCUGUUCCCCUAACGCUGCUGCUUCUCUUCUUCUCAAUGCCCCCUGCUGCUCCUAAUCUUCUCUUCCAAAACUUGCUUCUUCUCUCUGUACCUCUUCUUGUGCUCAUGUUGCUGCUCCUCUAAACUUCUCUGUUGCGCCCCUUCUCUGAACCUCAAAAUUGCUGCUGCACUUCUCUGAAUCCGAAUCCUUGCUGCUUCUCCUUCUCUCUCUCUCUCUCUCUCUCUCUCUCUCUCUCUCUCUCUCUCUCUCUGAUCUCAAAUUUCUGACAAGUUUAUUGUUCAGUACUUUGUAAUAUUCAGCAUUGAGAUGUUUUAUUAGAUGCAAUAUUCAGAUUUGGUAAAAACUUGCAACCUGACAAUUGUUCAGUUUCGUACUUGUAAAAUAUAGUGCACUUUAUUAUGUGCUCUGACUAGUUAAUGUCCAGUUGUUUGGAUAAUAUUUAGUAUGUGUGAUAUGCUCCAUGA